AUGACGAUCUUACCGGUCGAACCUGCUCAUGGCGAUAUCCAAAUCCAACCUACUCCAUCCUUGACCUCUUCUCCCUCAUCUGCUCAUACCAAGACGGAAAAGAGUUCUGUCGGCUACUCGAUUCGCCAAGCUAGGGGUACAGAAGAUGCAGCUAAGAUAUCUCGGCUGUUGACAGAGGUCUUCACGAUAACAUUUGGACAUUCAUGUACACCAUCGGAAUUAGAAAAAUAUCUAAAAGAUUGUUUGUCGAUUGGACCUAUCAACGAAGAAAUUCUGGAUCCAUCAUCUACAUGGUUUUUAGCUAUAUCAAAUAAAUCAAAAUCAAAAUCAAAAUCAAAAUCAGAAUCAGAAUCAGAAUCAGAAUCAGAUGAACGAAAAAACGAAAUAUCAAAAGAAGAAGAAGAGGCAGAAGAAUUACUUGGAAUUGUGCAGUUGAUCAAAGGUACAAGAGAAUCAUGUGUUACUUUACCUAGACCAAUUGAACUUCGAAGAAUAUAUCUUUCCAUAUCAGCGCACGGCUCAGGUAUAGCUUCUUCGUUAUUCCAAAUUGCGGAAUCUCAUUCAAUAGGGUUAGGGUAUCAAAGUAUUUGGUUAGGCUGUUGGGAAGAUAAUCCUAGAGGUUUGAGAUUUUAUCAGAAAUCAGGUUAUCAAAUUUGUGGUGAACACAUGUUCGAUAUUGGAGGUUCAGUUCAACGUGAUGUGAUAUUACAGAAGAUGUUAUAA